AGAGAGCGUUCACGGGUUCGGUCGGAGCGAGGUACCCACCCUGUGAGAUUGGUCGUGGGCUGAGCGAGGUCCCGGAAGGAGGAAGGAGAUUCUCCUCUGUAGCCAAGGUUAAGCGCGCGGGAAGCGUGUGCGCCGCCCCAUCAGCGGUAGCAGCUGCUGCUGGCAGCACGCACCCCCCGAAGAUUUUAGGAAAAAUAAAAUUUGCGAACACGACGUCAAGACGGCAAGAUGUCAAGCUACGAGCCUGAGUUCGAGCAGCAGCAGCGAAGGACGGGGAGGGGUCAAGAGCAGCAGCAGCAGGGCAGCGGCGGUGGGUUCAACCUCAUCGGGAAGAUGAAGCGCAGCAAGAAGCCAACCCCCCUCCCCGGCAAAAUCGUGACCGCGGAGCCCCCAGAACAGACGCUUGAUGUGGGUGGCAGCGGCAACGCGGGGGACGACGACCCCAAGGGAACGCCGCCUGCGAAGCCGGGAAAAAAGAAGAGCUUCGGCAAGCCGUCCCUUUUGGUCCGAAAGGGCGGAAAGAAGAGCCCUUCGAACACCAAGAAGGCCGCUCGAGGCAAGGGGGACAAGACGGGUAAGGGGGGGCGGGGCGACGGCGAUGGCGAUGCGGAGGAGGAAGAGGAUAGAUACGAGCAUCUACUCGACGCGGGAGAAACGGACGGAACAGCUGACAUCCCGCAAGAAUACCGAGACGAGGACGGCAACUUCAAGAGGAUGCCUGUACCACGGCACCUCGGCUCCCUAACUCGACGAAGACCUCCACUCGUCGCCGUCUUUGGGGUGGCUGGGUGCGGCAAGUCUCGACUGGCGAGCGCACUGAUGGGAAGGCGACGAGAAAAGGAAUACCGGGCGACGUUCGGGGUGGGGUCGAAGACGGUUGAGCCGAAGUUGGUGGUGGGUGAAGAGCUGUCGGUUUUGGAUACCCCGGGCCUCCCGGACCCCCUGCCCCGAAACUCGGACACGUACUACAACGACACGGUGACCAAGCUCCGCUCGGUGGGCUACGCCAACGCCAUCCUGUUCGUGGUCACCCAGGAGAGGGUAACCCCGACGCUGAUCAAGAACUACGGGCUGCUGUACAGAGCUCUGAACCGACUCGAUUGCGUGAAGAUGUUCGUGCUGCGGAGAGAGACGAGCUACUUGCUCCUCAACAAGGCAGAUCAGGAGGCGCACGAGAGCGAGUCGCGAAGUACCGUGAACCAGAUCCUCGACGCAACCAACCUCAAGAACUUCAGCAAGAUGCAAUUCUUCAUGCUGACGAACGGCUCGGGAGAAGAGCAGGACAAGCAGGUCAAGAACAUGAGAGAACAGGUAAAGAGUUCGCCAAGGGUCGAGGUAAGCGCGACGGAAGGGCUGCGGCUCACGACGGAGGUGAAGUCGGACGACCUCGACGGCAAGGGGUCGGACGACGGGAGCGGCAGCAACUCGAGCAGCAGCGGCAGCGUGAGGAGCAGGAAGCUGAGGAGCAGGAAGAAGGGCUCGUUCGAUUCGUAUGCGUUCGAAAAGGCGGCGGCCGCAGGGCCCCCUGACGGCGGCGACCAGCUUUCUUCCGACAAGGUUGGCAAGGCCGGGUGCUCCGUGAUGUAGACGGGUGUGUGUGUGUGGCGGGGGGUAUGCUGAUCGUUCUUCAGCAUGCCCAUCGGCAAUCGUCUGCCUACCCGCCGUUGACGCCCUCGCAAUGCCCAAGAAACCCUGGGCGCGCCGGGUGCGAUUAACCGAUGUGUUCGUUUGGUGGGGGGAGCAUCUCUGUAUCCUUCUUUCCUUUUUGAUAGAUUUGGGUGUCGCGAUCGAGCCAUCAAGUUUGGAUUCUCUACCAGUACAGAAGCAGUAUGUUGCAACUUAACGACUUCUAUAUCGUGUAGAAUGAGUGCAAGCCCCCGCCACGCAGCAGCUGAGGCAGCAGAGGCAGAGGCAGCAGCAGCAGCAGCAGCAGCAGCAGCAGCAGCAGCAGCAGCAGCAGCAGCAGCAGCAGCAGGACGGCAGCACUACCGCCACUCUCUGUACCAGCAACGCACCGGAAAACGAGUCUUGGCCGCAAGGAAAAGAAAUCCCGUCGCAGCAGUGGUUACGCUCAGCGUUUUUCACCGGUUCGUUUCGCGUGAACCGGUCGCAGAACCACUUGAUGAUGCACGUGACAGAGCCCCCCUGAGGGCAUGCCUGUCAUGGUGGAACGUGACACCGUGACCGCGGGUUGCCAGAUGACUUUUUUAUGCUUGAACGGACACGCCGUUCCACUUCUUUUAUGGUGUACCAAGAAUGUACGACAUUGCGUUUCUCUCCUUUUUGCAGUCUGCGGAGCGCCCCCCUACUGUUGUAAAGUUUUACUCCUCGUGGUGGAUUUCCUUUUCUGUUGGUAGGGUUUUAGUGCUUUUUUACGCCCCUUCUUUGAAUUGAAGUGUUCCAACGUUUGUUUUUUGUAUUACAUGAAGCAGUUUCAGGUCUUUUUGCGUGUGGCAUGGAAGUUGCCUGGGGGUGCCGCAGGUGCGUCGGUACCCCCCCCCUCCCGCGCCCCCGCACACGGAAUGAUUGGUCUUGCGAGGCUUGUUUUUCGCGACGGGGAGGCAUGGCCGCUUGGCAUCGAGACACUUUCGGGCUUUCGGGGUAUUCUGCUGGAAUUGUCGUGAAAAUAGAUUACUUUGCUCCCCAAUCUGGGGAGCACACACCGUUGACUAGAAGAGGGCGGGGAGUGAGUUGAUCCUUGCCACCCCGACCCCCACUACCCGAAACUGGGUGACAUUGCGUUUUUUUUUUCCUUUUGCUGGUGUUGCCGGGUGUGUGUGUGUGUUUUUUUUUUCGUUUUUUUUUGCCUUCUUCUCGGUGUUACUUCUGUGCGCAACGACGCACAACGCUUCAGGGAUUUGAGUGACGGUUGGGGGGGGGGGUUAAGGUCCGCGGUUUGUUUCUGCCAGCACUGGGGGACGCGCCCGCUGGGGAUAGCGAAGGGGUGGCUGAACGAAUCAAACGCUCAGCCCAUGUGAUGAGAUGAAUACAACGCAGAGGCAGCAGGGCGGGCGUGGUAGAAGGGGCGCCCUGUUGUCUUGGAUGAAAAUGGGUUUUCCGUUUUCGGGUUUUCGGGAUAAUGUGUUUCCAUCGAAUUGAUUUUUUCGUUGUGGGGAAGAAUUUCCAUGAAACGUGUUUUUUUUUUUGCGUUUUCGGGGCGAGGGGAUCCGAAUGGAGUCCCCCCCCCCUGUUUUCGGGGUUUGAGGUUGCACCCCUGGUUGGCUUCUCGCCUGUUUUCUUGCGUACGGCACACGCGGGAGGGGAGGAGCAGCGCUCCCUCUGGGCUUGCCGGCGCGAAUUCGGAGCCAACCUCAGGGCUGCCGGAAGGGGAUAGCCGAUGUUGGUUCAAAGUCCGGAUAACGUGGACGGUUGUGCAUAGAACGUUGCGCCGCUAUCGUCGGGGUACAGGCUAUUCUUGUAGCCGCAAGUGUGAGUGUCUUGAUUAGUUGACAUGUUCUUGGACGGCUAAUUUUCAGUUCUGCGGAAUUUCUGUGUCCUGUCUUGAGUGUUGUGGCAUGUACGUGUCGGGCUGAGUCAUAAAGCGUUUUGAGCUUGGCAGUGCUGUGUUUUUCGUCCUCUUUGUGGUUGGUUUGGGAUGUCGAGCUGAGUCAUGAAGCGUGUUGAGCUCGACAACAAUGCUUGUUCUAUCUCGUGUGUCUUCGUCCUUGUGGUUGACAUGUACGCGUGGGCUGAGUGCCGAUCUUUUAGCUUGACAACAAUGCUGUCCGUUUUAUUUUAUUCGUGAUGGAGGUGUGGGGCCAAGUCAUGAGCUGUUUGAGUCUUGGUAAUAUAACGAUGCUGUCUUUUUUGUGAACGUCGGUUGGGCUGCUGGUGGCGUGGACGGAAGGUGUGUGUACCGAUUAGGUGAAAUAUAUAAAUCCUUGGGUGAGCGGUUACUUUUCUUGACGUGGGGUGAUCGAACGUUGAGCCUUUUGGCGACAUUGCUUGUGCUGUGCGUGGGGUUGCGGUCGGUAAAUUCGCCUUUUUGUUGGCCGCUUUGAACGCAAGCCUCGAAAUGGUCUACAGAAGAAUAGAUGACGGCGCAUUAGUGCACGUUAUUUUGAUUUGUGUUGCGAGUGCUGCUGCACUCCCCUCGCGUUAUCAUUAUGCUAUAAUAGUUGAUACUAAUGGAAGGUAAGCACCGCCUCAGGUGGAGGACCCCUUCUGUGUGGCGACGGAUUGUAGUUUCCCGCCAUAAACUUUGUGAGCGCUGACUUAAUGUGACGAAGAAAAAAUCUGCGGCCGCGGUGCUGCCGCCUUCUCUCGGUCUGCACGGAGAGAAGGAGAUGGAACGGACGGAAAGAAGGCGGGGUGGUGGGAGAGAGGAACUCCAACUGCAAUGACUAGAGUGAGGUUCGCUACAACUACGCGUGCGUGUGUUUCCGUGAAGGAU